AUGAGCACUUCCUGCUCCGUGCUGUCUCCACACACGGGAGCCCCAGUAGAGCUGGUGGGUGACCAGUUCGAUGUCCUGGAGAUGCAGAUUUCUGAACAGGUUGACAAGACAAUUCCUGAUGGUGCUGGGCAAUCCAAAUUUAUUCUAAAGAACCUUCAUUAUUACAGUGGCCAUCCACAUUUGGCCCGGUUCUAUGAGCCUUCGAAGCCUUCGGCCCGGAACAGAUUACUGGAACGAAACAGGAAAAUCAGAAGUUUCAUUUUAAAAGUCAUGGAGUAUGACCAAGAUAAGACCUUACUGAUCCUGACCAACAACCCACCUCCUUAUCCAAUAGAUCUGCAAGGAAAGGAUGUCAGCCCCAAAUACUUUCCCAGAGAGUUACUGGCCAAGGAUGCUCAGCAGCUGCGCAGACCCACCGAGACCUUGCCCCUGCCCCUGAUGCCUCAGGAAAAAAUGUCCAGAUCUCUGCUGAAACCCGUCUUCCCUGUGACCCUGAUGGGCCAUCCGGCCCCUAAGCAGCAGCAAUGGUUUAGACUCCGGAGUGCAGGACCGACUUCCAAGGCCAAGUGGGAACCGCUCACCUUGGCUUCGCUCCAGGAAGAGAAGCCCACCAAAACUGCACCUGGGGAGAACACCUUCCGCCAAGGAAGGGCCCCGCAGUGGAUCAUCAAAAAAGCCAUGAACAUUACAUGA